UCUUCAGAUAAAGAUUUGCUUUGUGCUGUUCAUGAGGGGUAUCAACAAGCUUAUGAUUUGGCAAAAAAUGAAAAAGUUUUUGGUUUUUUAAAUAUUUCUAAUGGGCAAUCAAACCAGUUGGAUAAUAAAAAUAAUGAUUUUUUUGACUAUUUUAAUGAUUCGAUCCAAAGUAAUGAAAUAUCAGAUUCACAUGCAAUUGCUAUAGUAGCAAACACUAUGGCUGAUUUUAAUACUAUAGAGAUCCGUGAUGAUAAUUUUGAAAAUGAUUUAAAAGAUGCACGUUUUGAGUUAACUUUUUCAUUGUCAGAUGCAAAUUUUUCAAACAAUCAUGAUUUAGAGACAUGUAAAAACUUUUAUACUGGCAUUACCAAAGCAGAAACUUUAGAUAUUUCUUACUUAGUUAACUUAUGA